CACCACCACCCCCCACCAGACCCCCACCCCCCCCGCGUCUUCUCCAUUUCACUCUCGCUCCCUCCCCAGUAACGACAUUACAACCUGCCCGCGAAUCGGACCGGACGCCGCCCCGCCGCCCAUGAGAGCUCCGCCGCGCCGACGCAGAGCACAUCAGCGUCGAGGAAGGCGCCAAGCCGCGGGGGUUGUCAGCGCCAGGGCACCAGCGCUCCAGCAUCACCUCGGUGCAGAAGAGAAGCAAGGAAAAGGGGGGAGUCGGCGAGGAGCGGAGGGAGACGGAAGCCGCAAAUAAGCACCCUUUUUCGGGGGGGGGAGCAGGAAGACGUCGUCGGGAUGGCUGAGGUGUCGCAAGAGGAGAGACUCCAGGUCAUUGCUGAGAAAAGGAAGAAGCAAACAGAGAUUGAAAACAAGCGGAGGCAGCUGGAUGAUGACCGACGGCAACUCCAGCAUCUCAAGUCCAAGGCGCUGAGGGAGCGCUGGUUGCUAGACGGAGCUCCGGCCGAGGAGGAGACUCAGAAGCGUCUGCAGGAGGACGAGGUGAAGACCAAAAUCCUGGAGCAGGUCAUCCUGAGGCUGGAGCAAGAGAUUGAAGAACUGGAGACCGGCGUGCCAGCCAACAAGGGCGUGGCCAAAGAAAAUGGAGGCGAGAACGGCGUAGCGCAGACCCCUAAGAGGGAGGUGGCCGGCAUGGAAGCGAAGUUGCUGGGCCCCAGCCCGGACCAGGCCAGCGCCGAGAACCCGGUCACGUUGGUUUUCAUGGGCUACAAGACGGUGGAGGAGGAGCAGGAGAGCCGCACGGCGCCGGGCGUGGAUGCGGCGGACGGCAACGUGAAGGCCGAGUUUGUGGUGAUCGAGGACGGGGAGGCCAAGGCGGCCGGGGCGGCCGACACCCAGGACCGGGCCCCGCCCAACGGGAGCAUGGCGGAGAAGGAAAAGGCCAACGGUGGCGGGGAGGAAGGCGAUAAAGACCAGGAGAAGAAACAGACCUGCAAGUGCUGCGUUGUCAUGUGAUCUGUGUGUGUGUGUGUGUGUGUGUGUGUGUGUGGGUGUGUGUGUGUGUGUGUGUGUGUGUGUGAGGACCGUACAAUUGACCAAUGAGAGCCAACAACAAAAAGCAAGUACACUUUAGUCUGCGUAUGUAUUCCAUUUUUCAUUUCUAUUGAUAUUUUUCUAUUUUUAUUGUCUUGACAUUUCUAUUGUAUUCGCUAUCUUUAUUAUGAUUAUGAUUAUGAUUAUGGGACUGUGUACUGUAGCUUUGUUGUUAUCGUUGGGAGGGAGACGAUAUGAAAAAAAAAAAAAGUACUGCUGCCCGCUUAAAAAAAAAAAAAAAAAAAAAGGGGGGGGGGGACCCGGAAAAACUAAAAAGUCAUUCCCACAAAAAAAAACAUAUGCUUCAAAAUAUAAAUAUAAAUAUAUAUAUAAAAAUAUGAUAUCUCUGUGUAGGCCUAGCAGCUAUUUAUCAGCCGAUUUCAUAUUGCAAUAUUGUCCGAGAUAUUAUUUGAAAUAGUAUUUUAAUAUAUUGAUAUGAAAUUAUGUUUUAUACAGUGUAUUUAUUGUUUUUUUUUUGUUUUUUUUUGCGGUUCCAUGUGUGUGUGUGUGUGUGUGUACACCAUCCCCCGCACCAUCAGCUUGCAUGUGAGCUCACCCAUCGCCCGACGCUUAAUUUCACUAACCGCCGCUUCCCCGCUGAGGAUGCGUUCGUACUCGUUGGUUACGCGGUCUGGUCUGCGCACAACAACGUUAAAAAAAAAAUUAAAAAUUAAAAAAAAAAACAAAAAAAAAACACCUGAUGUUUUUUGUCAUGUGACGACAGAACACAUGCGUUAAAAUGUUAAAAAAUUUCCACAAAAGCUUCUAAAAUAUACUUUUCAAGCACUUUUGUGACAUAGCUAAAAUAUUCCCAACCAAAACCCCAUCUUCAGGGUUUUCUAGAUUUUGCUCCUUUUAGCAUCUCCAAUUUCACCAAAAGUAUCUAAAAUAUACUUUUAAAGCACUAAAAUAUUCCCAACCAAAAGCUUCUAAAAUAUACUUUUAAAGCACUUUUGUGACAUAACUAAAAUAUUCCCAACCAAAACCCCAUCAUUAGGGUUUUCUAGAUUUUGCUCCUUUUACCAUCUUCAAUUUCACCAAAAGUUUCUAAAAUAUACUUUUAAAGCACUAAAAUAUUCCCAACCAAAACCCCAAUCUACAGGGUUAAAUACAGUAGUAUUUUCUAGAUUCUGCUCCUUUUAUCAUCUUCAAUUUCACCAAAAGCUUCUAAAAUAUACUUUCCAGUAUACUUUCCAGAGAACCGCACUCGAGUCCCCAUCCCUCGAUCCAUUUAUUUGGUGCGCAAGCUGCGUUCCUCGGAACCGAACCGGAACGCGACCAGUGUGAACGCACCCUCAGAAUCCCAGCACCAUGACGACACGUUUUGGAUUAUUAAUGCUAUUGUUGAAGGUUUGACUAUUAUGGGCUAUAUAUGUGAUAUAUGUACAUUGAACAUCGCCGCUUUUCCCAUCAUCCCUUGCGGGAACGGGCGUGGCUUCGGUAAUUUUUUUUUGGACUCCAUGUGACUCUUUGAUGAGGUAGCACUGCAUGAAGCAUUGUAACUGUUUGGACUGUCUUGUCACUGUUAAGUCUAUUCAAUAUGCGCUAUCACCUUUCACAUGAAUGUAAAUCCAAGGGGUUUGGAUCCAGAUUCCGGCUUGCGCGGCUCAUAAACGGUUUUUGUGUGUCUUUAUGAAGCAAAUAAAAUCUGUUGCGACUGUAA